UCAAUUUUUUGUGUUAUCAUAUAUCUUCGCGGCUCUCGGUAAAACUGCAACGUGAUCGCCCCUCUUUCUUUUUUCUUUCUCUUUUUUUUUUACGCGGUAGUUUCAAAACGGUGCAUGUCACAAAAAAUGGACCGCGCGGUUCUCACGUUUGCACUGGUUCUCACCGUCGCGCUGGUGCAGAUGUGCGACAGCCAGAGGGUCUCCGCAGGUGGUCAGAAAGAGGGUGCGAGCGCCCGCCGGACGCGGUCCCGCGAGAGAAGCCAAGGCCAUUCGCCCAAAGGAUCGGAGGACGCCGCAUCCUCCCGGGCUUCCGGUGCGACUCCGCCAGAGGCUUUGGCGAACCACACGAGGACUCCGGCGAACCUCCCGGGGAGCGCGCCGUCGCCUCGCCGGGACAGCGGCCACGCCGCCGGAGUCAAAGCGGGUCCGGGACAGGGCGCGCAGCGCGCCGCCAGACAGCUGGUCCCCCACCCCUCACCUCAACACCGAACCAGAACCAGUGCCAGACACAGCAGCAGACAAACCUCUGCUAGCACAAGACGACUGGUUGGGCCCAACGUCUGUGGAGGUCAGCAGUGCUGUUCGGGUUGGGCCGUGGCGCCAGGGACCAGCCGCUGUAUAAAGCCUGACUGCCAGCCCCCCUGCCAGAACCGCGGCUCCUGCAGCAGGCCCCACACCUGUGUGUGUCGCUCAGGCUUCCAGGGGCCCCGUUGUGAGGAGGUGACUCCAGAGCAGGUGUAUAUCCAUGACAGAGGGGCCCUGCGGCGCGUCCAGCCUGGCACCAACCCUUUCCAGAAAGACCAACCACGGAGGAGGCCCUCAGAGAGGCAGGCCAUCAACAUCUCUCGGACCCAGACCCCUAAACCUGCUACCACUCGGCAGCCACCCCACACUGUGACCCAAGUGAGACGGGGACCCCCUGACUCCUCACCUCAACAGACAGGGACCUCCCGCACAGUAAAGCGCUACCCAUCAUCCACUGGGCCCAUCACCUCCAAUGCUCUGCCCAAUGGCAAUGGAUACGGCAACGGGGAUGGCAAUGGACACCGAAGCUGGCACGGACACAGAAACGGGCAUUCCCCCAACGCUCACAGAGCCGCCGUCCAUGGACAACAAUUCAACAAUGCAUUAUCGCCGGCAGGGGCCAACCUCACAUCCAGCUUGGACCGUAUCAAGAUCGUCUUCACGCCCAUGGUGUGCCGCAGGGUGUGCAAUGGCGGGCGCUGCCACAACAGCUGCGAGAAGGGAGACACCACCACCGUCUACAGCGAGAAUCAGCAGCCGCAGCCAAAAACCCAGGGCUUCAGACUCUUCUUCUGUCAGAUCCCCUGUCUUAAUGGUGGCCGCUGCGUCGGCAGGGAUCAGUGCUGGUGUCCGUCAAACUCGACCGGAAAGUUCUGCCACCUGCCAGCCCUGCCUCCUGUCAGACCCACCCCCCGUGGCCACAAGGAUGACAGUCAGGCCAAGCCCAACGCCCCCUCCCACUCCAUGUACACCCUGCCAUUGUCCAACCAGCAAGCUUCUCUCCACCCAUCUCUGGUCAACGUCCACAUCCAGCACCCACCAAAUGCCGAGGUCCAGAUACAUCAGGUGGCAAGGGUCCGACCUGGCCAGAGACCCCUGGCCACUGAUGGGGCUCAUUCUGUCCAGCAGCGUUCCCAGCCUGGGAAUGUGAAUGUGAAUGGGAACAUCAAUGGGAAUGGACGGCACCGUGAACCCACCAAUGGGAUUACCAACAGACACACACACACUACUGGGAAUGGCAAUAGCCAAGCCAGGCCACAAAACCACCAGAAUGGAUAUGUGGGAAGGUGCUUCCAGGAAACCAUUGAUGGACAGUGUGGCAAGCCUCUGCCGGGACUAACCAAACAGGAUGAUUGCUGUGGAAGUGUUGGUGCCUCCUGGGGUCUAAACAAGUGCCAAAAAUGUCCAACCAAACCAGCUUAUGCAGUGAUCGCAAAUGGACAAGUUGAAUGUCCCAAGGGUUACAAGAGGAUGAACCUGACACAUUGUCAAGAUAUAAAUGAGUGCCUAAUGCCGGGGCUAUGUAAGAACGCCCAGUGUCUCAACACCAAAGGGAGCUACAGGUGCACCUGUAAGCCAGGCUUCAUGCUGGACCCUGCCAGGAGCCACUGUGUCUCUGACAAGGCGGUGUCAGACCAGCGGGCAUUGUGUUACCGGUCAACGUCGGCAGGCCUCUGUUCUCUGCCGCUCUCGCAGCACAUCACCAAGCAGAUCUGCUGCUGCAGCCGCGUGGGCAAGGCCUGGGGCACUCGGUGUGAACGCUGCCCCCUGCCCGAUUCAGACCAUUUCAAGGAGAUCUGCCCUGCCGGUCAUGGUUAUACCUACUCGCGGUCUGAUGUGCAAAUAUCUCUGAGACAGCUGGAGGAAGGGGAUCUCAGGACUACUGGUGUCUCUUGGGAAGAGCAGAGCCCUUCUUAUCCGCUGCCUCCUUCCUCCCUGCCAGAGCAGCCUUCACAGCAGCUGCCCAGUGAGCCGCAGUAUCCUCACUACCCGCAAACUCCACAAAUACCCCAAUACCCAGUGUAUCCCGAGACACCACAGGUACCCUGGUACCCCCACACUCCACAGCAACCAAUCCAUCCUCCUCCAGACACUGAGCACCCUGCCAGAGAGACAGACGCACAGCCAGAGGAUGUGGAAAGACUGAGCCCGCCGGCUGUCGUGACUGACUCACCGUUGAAAUAUGCAGUGCCUUCUCCAGAGUCUCCCAUCGUCAGCCUGAAACCAGAUUCUGAAGACACUGCCCCAAUAGACUCAGCCACAAAGGCCACAGACAUUGACAAGUGCGCCAUUACUCCCACCAUAUGUGGCCAUGGGAGAUGUGUUCCAGUGCAGACAGGCUACACCUGCUACUGUGACCCAGGGUACAAGCUCAGUGCACUACAGACCAACUGCAUCGAUGUAAACGAGUGUGAAGAGAACCCAUGUGAAGGGAAAGGUCGUUGUGUGAACACCUUUGGGUCCUACAUGUGUCAUUGCUACAGUGGCUACAGCCAGGUCAUCACCCAGAACAGGAAGUUCUGUCAAGACAUUAAUGAGUGCAGCAUGCCCAAUAAGUGCCAGGACAGCGACUGUGUUAACACAGAAGGAUCUUACACCUGUGAAUGCAAGAGUGGCUAUGCCAAGUCCUGGAGGGGCAUCUGCGAAGAUGUUGACGAGUGCAAAGACCCUAACUCCUGUCCCAGUGGCAUCUGUGUCAACAAUCCUGGCUCCUUCCAGUGCCAGCUCUGUGGUCCUGGGUUCAAGCCAGCCAGUGGGAGCUGUGUGGACAUCAAUGAGUGCUUCAACCAGUCGGUGUGUGGUCAUGGUCGGUGUGUCAAUAACGAGGGCUCCUAUAAGUGCAACUGUUUCCAGGGAUACCAACUCUCGAGAGACAACACUUGCCAAGAUGUGGACGAGUGUGCGCUCCCAGGGGUCUGUCUCAACGGCAGGUGUGUCAAUCUGGAUGGAUCACACAAGUGCAGCUGUAACCAUGGUUACCAAGCCAACUCGGACAGCAAAGCGUGUGAAGAUGUGAACGAGUGCGCUAAUCAAAAUGCGUGCCCUACGGGAAUGUGCAUCAACACCGAAGGGUCCUAUACAUGCCAGAGCUGCCCGCCUGGGUUUAGACCCUCAUCUGAUGGACUGCGAUGCGAGGAUUUGGACGAGUGUACAGAGGGUGACUUGUGUUUGGGAGGAGUGUGUGCCAACACAGAAGGAUCCUACACCUGCACCAGGUGCAAAGCUGGAUAUAGGGUGUCCCAAGACAGACAGAGGUGUGAGGACAUUGAUGAGUGCCAGUCCCUUUCUACCUGUGCCAAUGGGAUCUGUCUUAACUCAGAGGGAUCUUACACCUGCGAGAACUGCCCCACAGGAUACGCUGUAUCAUAUGACGGGGAGCUCUGCGACGAUAUCGAUGAGUGUGCACUGCCAAGUACAUGCCCCGGGGGAACAUGCACAAACACAGAAGGUUCCUACAUAUGCAUCACCUGUAAGCCAGGAUUUAGAGUGUCUGAGGAUGGACAGCAUUGUGAAGAUGUGGAUGAGUGUUUAGCAGCUAACGUGUGCCCAGGCCAGCUGUGCAAGAACACACUAGGCUCUUACGCUUGCAGGAGCUGUGAACCUGGCCUGCAGCUGUCUGAAGAUGGCUACGGAUGUGAAGACAUCGAUGAAUGUCAGACACCUGGGAUUUGCCCCAUGGGUGUAUGCACCAACACAGAGGGCUCCUUCUCCUGCACGACCUGUGAUCCAGGCUUCAUGGUGGCAUCCGAUGGGUUUGCUUGUGAAGAUGUCAACGAAUGUGAGGACAGUACUAUCUGUCUGGGAGGCCAGUGCACCAACACCCCAGGCUCCUACAGCUGUUCCUGUCCUGUUGGACAGGAACUUGUUGACGGGACGUCCUGCAGAGAUGUAGAUGAGUGUGAAACCAUUGUUGGGGUCUGUGGAGAAGGAGACUGCCUGAAUACUGUAGGCUCCUACCUCUGCAGCUGUCCUGAUGGAUAUACCGCUGUCGACAGAGGGGCCGGCUGCCAAGACGUGGAUGAAUGCAGCAGGGAGAACAUGUGCAUCAGAGGGCAGUGUCUCAACACGGAUGGCUCUUACUUGUGCCUCUGCAAAGCCGGCUUCAAAUUUAAUGCAGAGACUGCCGACUGUGAAGACCAGAAUGAGUGCAAAGAGUUUGGGAGCUCAAUUUGUGGUACCUGGCGCUGCGAGAACACCAUCGGCUCCUACCGCUGUUUCAUAGGUUGCCAGCCUGGCCUGGAUGGAGAAGAGAACAUCGGCUGUGAUAUCGAUGAGUGUGUCAACGAGACCAUCUGCGGUAACCAUGGCUUCUGUGAGAACACAGACGGUUCUUUCCGCUGCCAAUGUGACCAAGGCUACACCAACCCACAAGGAGAUAUGAGCCAAUGUGUCGACGUGAACGAAUGCGAGAUGAGCUUGGCGCUGUGCGGGGAAGCCCUGUGUGAGAACUUCGAUGGCAGCUUCCUGUGCAUCUGCCCCAACGACAAUGAGGAAUUUGAUCCCCUCACCAGCCAGUGCCGCUCCAUGGUCGACGUCAGCCCUAAACCCCUUGCUCCAGUCCCUCCAACCGGUCCCUCAACAGAGCAGAGGAAAGAGUGUUACUACAACCUCAACGAUGCCAAUUUCUGCGACAACGUCCUGUCUCGAAACACCACCAAGCAGGAGUGCUGUUGCACCGUGGGAGCCGGGUGGGGCGACAACUGUGAGAUUCACGCAUGUCCUGUCCCGGGAAGAGCGGAUUAUAAUCAGUUGUGCCCACAUGGCAGUGGACUUCUGCCCCAGACUGUGUCCUUUUCACAAAGCCUGGAGGACCGACAACAUUAUAAAGAUGUGAAUGAGUGUGAAAUGUUUGGACCCGACAUUUGUAAGAAUGGACAAUGUUCCAACCUCUUUUCAACGUACACCUGCUACUGCCGAUCUGGCUUCUACUACGACAACAUCCGGCUGGAGUGUGUGGAUUAUGAUGAGUGUGGGACAGAGAAUGCCUGUGUGGAUGGAGUGUGUGUGAACACGGCCGGUUCCUUCAACUGUUUCUGCAGUCCUCCACUGGUCCUUGACAACACUCGCCGACGCUGCAUCAGCCUCAAUGCUACAGAAGAAGCUGUAGAGCCUGAUCAGGAUGUCCACAUGGCUAUCUGCUGGCAGGGCCUGGUGGAGGACAACUUGUGUGCUGACCCCUUCCCAGGGCGUAGGACCACCUACACUGAGUGCUGCUGUCUGUACGGCGUGGCCUGGAGUGAACAGUGUGCCUUCUGUCCCAAGAGAGACUCAGAUGACUACGCCUUAAUGUGCAACCUGCCCAGGAGAGGAGGCUCUGAUAGUUUACGAGAGCGGCCAGGCUAUGAAUACAGUCCUGAGGGCCCAGAGGGUCCUGUGGAGCCUUAUGUUCCUCCGUACUGGGACAACUAUGGAGGCCCCCUAUCUGGAGGGACCUACUACAACCCUGACAUUCCUCAGACUGUUCCUGCGUUCAGUGACAUUCUCUACAUCCCUCGAGAGCCACCAGCCCGCGUUCCUGUCCACCAGCCACGGGAGUUUCAGCCCCUACCAGUGGAGCCUUACAGUGAUCGCUAUGAUAGCUUCGAGGGCCUCAGGGCGGAGGAGUGCGGCAUCCUGAACGGCUGUGAGAAUGGCCGCUGCGUGCGAGUUCGGGAAGGCUACACCUGUGACUGCUUCGACGGCUUCGAACUCGACCUUAGCAAGAUGGUCUGCAUAGACAUAAACGAGUGUAAGGACAUCAGCGACAAGGUGGCCUUGUGUCAGAACGGGCUCUGCACCAAUACAGAGGGCUCAUACAAGUGCACCUGUUUACCUGGCUUCGUGGCCUCUGCCAAGCCACACGAAUGCAUCCCGGAGAUCCCGAAGUCUGGGUCCAGAGAAACAGGAAACUGAGACAGUGACUGUUGGAGCGCUCA